AUGCCCAAAGUAUUAAAGCCAAAAAAUUCGCGACAACUUGCACCAGGAAGUGUAAGUUUUUCACUUUCUCAACCUGUUCCAAUUCCAAGAUUAAUUACAGAACAUGACAAAGAUCAAGAUCAAACAUUUUUAACAACGCAAAAUUCUGACGCGACUUCAGAAAUAGCAACUGAACUCCCUAAUAUUACAAUUCCUUCUCCAACAAGAACAUCAAAUAACGUUAUUAGGCCAGCUACGGCAAUUAUGCAUAUGAGCGCAACGAAACCAAUACAAAGAUCAAAACCACCUACUUUAAUUCCGUUAGGUUUCAAGCCUUUAUCAGAAUAUCAAGAAGUCUCGAGACCUACAACAAAGCAGUCGAAAACCAAAUCGGUACUAUCUACGGAACCGCCAGAUGUUACUAAAAAUCCUAUUUUCAGACUCAAAAAAUCAAAUCUCGAAGUUCAAAUUCCUGAAGACCUCGAACGCUUUAAAUUGGAUCCUAUCUAUACUCCUGAUAUUAGUGAUGAGCUGUGGUUGGAUCCAUCUCUUAUCUUCAAUUACAUUCGUUUAAUUCGUCAGAAAAGAUUUACCGAAGAAUUUCUUUAUUUCGUUCCAACACCAGAGACCCCUCAUGAACCUCAAAAUGUCUUCUUCUUAAGAUAUAUACCGCCGGACCAAAUAGAUAAAGAUCAUUACUACACUUUAUCUGCAGAUGGAAUUACUUCAUAUUCGAAAGAGUCUAAUAGUGAAUUUAUACCUCUUGAUCAAUGGAUCCGCGAAUGUUCUUUAUUCUUGCGAACAAAACAAAUUGGAUUUUUCAAUCAUUACGACAAAUGGCGUUCUUUUUACUUAUUACAUACAAUUACACGCAAUGCUAAUAUCAAUAAAUCUAAACAACACGUUUCUGAUAAGUUAUUUAACGGAGAUACUAUUAUUCGUGAAGCUUUAAUUGUUCAUCAAAAGAAUUGUCAACAAUUACUUAAGCUCUCACUUGUAGAUGUUAAAUCAGCACAAACAUUAACACUUGAUCAAUUCAUUGAACGUCAAAAAGCAAAUAAAGUUGCUGUUUCCCAAGAAAUUAGUAAAUUAUUAAGUCAAACAACAGCCAAAAUCAUUUCUUCCUGCGAUCUUACAUAUGAAAAUGCAGGAGGAUCUAAAGGAGAAGAAGAAACUUACAGAGCAACGAAGAAAGAUAUGAUGAUCAACGUGAAAGCACCAAAACAAAAGAAGAUUGGCUCAAAUGAUAUGAUGGUUUAUACUCAGCUUGCUACUCAAAGGUUCUGUUAUAAGAGAUUAUCAAGAUUUAUUAGAUUAUGUGAUUAUAUUUUAAUUCGUACUCUAUAUCAAUUCAUUAUACAGAGUGCACAGCAAUUAUUAGACUUUUUGAAGCCACGUGCAGGUUCUACAGGUGGUGAUAACACUAGAUUAUCAACGCAAGUGAUUAUUGAAAAUAAUAAGUUGGCUUUUGCACCAAAUAAAGAGCAAAUGAUUGAUUCUGUAUCAUCAAUAUGGGUAGAUUUGAUGAAUUUGAUAUAUUCCAUUCCAUUAUUCUCAAGUAAUCAAUCAUUAUUACAAUAUGCUCAAGCAUUUCCGUGGGAAAACCCUGCAAUCCCACUUCCAACCAUUAUCAACCGUGAUGCAUUAUAUCAGAACCUCGUUUCUCAGUUUACUGUCCGAAUUGAAACUGCAUUUGCGGAAGGUGAGGCAACUCUCAAGGAAUACACCCAUUUCUUGGAGUCAUACAUCCGAAAUACCCAAGAAUUCAACAUAGACAAGCUCCACAAACAAGAUCCUCCUCCAUCAUUUUACGCGGAUUCUCUUGCAAACUACAAACAAGAGAUCCACGAGAUGGAUCAGAUCAAACAUUCAGUGCAAGUCAAUAUGUUGCUCAUUCUUCUUGGUACUUUCGCAGACAAAAUCAAGCCAUCUCCAAGAAAUUGCAUGCAGUCACUUCACAUCCUCAUUCCAACCAUUGCAGAGCAGAAAGUUGAAGAUCUUACGAACUAUGUCAACGAAGCUCUUUCAACUCUCAAGCAGGAUCCAGCAGAAAUCCACUUUUUCGUUACACAAUUUGAAUUUCGGAAAAGAAUGGUUUCAGAAUUACCAACAAUUCAAGGAAAAUACAAGGAUUAUACUGCUUUCUAUAAUCUCAUUGCCCAAAACAACAUCAAUAUCAGCGAGCAAAGCGGUAUAUCAUACAGAGAGUUAGGAAACUUGAUCACACAACUCGAAGGAUGUUUGAUUUCCAUGAAGGAAGAAGAAGACAACAAAAUCAAGAAAUGGUCACCAGAAAUCACUAAAUUACUACAGAAACUCACUGAUGAUUUACUUGCCUUGCAACAAGAUGCUAACAAUGAGAUACUUAUGUCAGCAGAAACUAAUUCUGACCAAGCAAUUUCGAAUGUCCAGAAAUUGCAAGAAAGAUUGGCAGAAAUGAAACAAAGAGCAGAACAAGUUCAACAUCACCAGAGAGUUUUAGGACUAAAGAUUUCACCAAUAGACCAAUUGGACGAAGUCGACCAGAACAUCAACUUAAAGACAUUGUUAUGGGAAUCGUACAAGGCAUGGAAUACAAGAGCUGCGGAGUUGUCGAUGAUGCCUUUCAAGAAGAUAAACAACGAAGAAUUGACAGAAGAACUCGAUAAAUACACAAGAAUUACUUCACAGUUAAACAACGGAUUACCAGACCAUCCAUUGGUUAAAAUCUUUAGAAGAAGUGUACAAGAUUACAAUGCAAUAUUACCUGUUAUCAUUGCUCUUUCUAAUGAUCAUUUAACUCCAAAUCAUUGGACGAAAAUCAAAGAUAUUACAGGUAUCAAUUUCCAAGAGAAAACUCCAACAUUGCAAUUCUUGUUCCAAAACAACAUUGCUCAACAUGUGGAACCAAUCGAGUCCAUCUCAAACGACGCAUCACAAGAAGCAAGUCUCAGAAGGAUGCUUGCGGAAAUUAUCAUGCAAUGGGAUGUUGUCGAAUUCCCAAUGGUUCCUCAUCAAUAUAUCAAAGAUUUCUGGUUGGUUGGAAAUCUCGAUGAUGUUAUUGCUAAAUUAGAUGAAUCGCAAGUCAAGUUAUCAACAAUCAGAUCAUCAAGAUAUGUUGGUGCAAUCAAAAGAGAAGUAGAUACAGUAUCAACAAAUAUGAAUAAUGUUGCAAAAUGCUUGGAAUAUAUCACACAAUUCCAAAUCGCUUUCAACUCUCUUUAUAAGAUUUUCAGAUCUAGUGAUAUUCAACACGAAUUAGCAACAGAAACAAGAGAUUUAUCAACACUAGAAAGAGAAUAUAAGAAGUGGGGAACACAUGCAAGAGAUUCUCCUAAGCCUUAUAAAUUAUUUACUCAACAAAAGGCUGUUCCUCAAUUGGAAGAAUUCAUUGAAGUUACAAAUAAGGUUCAGAAGAAAUUGGAAGAAUUUUUGCAAACAAAAAGAACAGGAUUUCCAAGAUUUUACUUCUUGUCAAACGAAAAUCUCAUCAAGAUUUUUGCAGAAUCAAGAAAUCCAAAGGCAGUCAAUCCAUUCCUUCCAAAGUUAUUCGAAGGCAUUUCCCUUCUUAACUUCUCACAGAACGACCAAGAUGUUCAAUCAAUGCAAUCAGCAGAAGGCGAAGUUGUUCCUCUCAUCAAAUGCAAGUUCCAAAUUGGUGCUGUUGAAGUCGGAAUGUCUUCUGUUGAAAAGGCAAUGUACAUGACAAUGCACGCAAUGGUUGCUGAAGGACAUAAGCAAUACGAGCAGUUGCAAAGAACUAAAUGGAUAAGUAGACAUUCUGCUCAAGUCAUUUCUGUUGUUUCUCAAAUUUAUUUCGCGGAAACUGUUGAAGAAAUUUUGUCUUCGCAGAAUCCAAUCCAAGAAUUAGAGAAAUACAAAGAAAAACAAGAGGCACAAUUAAGAGAAUUAGCUGAUUUAGUUCGUACACCAUUAGCUUCUGCAAUGAGAUCAGGUAUCGUUGCUUUAAUCACUCUAGAUGUACACUCAAGAGAUAUUGUUUCAGAAUUAAUUGACAAAAAAGUUUCAUCUGUAAAUGAUUUCGAGUGGUUGAAGAGAUUAAGAUACGUAUGGGAUGCAGCAUCAAACAGAGUACAAGUACACCAAGGUACAAACUCAAUUGACUAUGGAUAUGAAUAUCUUGGAGCAACGUCAAGGUUAGUUGUCACUCCUUUAACAGAAAGAUGUUAUUUGACAUUGACAAGUGCUGCUCAAUACUUCCUUGGCGGUUCUCCAGCAGGACCUGCAGGUACUGGUAAAACAGAAACCGUCAAAGAUCUUUCAAAGGCUGUUGGCAAUUUCUGUGUCGUAUUCAACUGUUCUGAUGCUGUCACUGUCAUACAAAUGGAAGCUUUCUUUAGUGGUUUGGCACAAUCUGGCGCUUGGGCUUGUUUCGAUGAAUUCAACAGAAUUAACAGUGAAGUUCUUUCUGUUAUUGCUGAACAAGUUUAUGCUGUUCAAGCAGCACAAGCAGCAGAAUUGCAGCAGUUCAAUUUCUGUGGACACACAAUUACUCUUAAUCCUCGUGCAAGUGUUUUCAUCACAAUGAAUCCCGGUUACGCAGGAAGAACAGAGCUUCCAGAUAACUUGAAAUCAUUGUUCAGACCAAUAGCUAUGAUGGUUCCUGAUUAUGCAAUGAUUGCAGAAGUUGUCUUGUAUUCAGAAGGUUUCAACAAUGCUAAAGUUUUGGCUCAAAAAGUUACACAACUUUAUAAAUUAUCAAGUGAAAUGCUUUCACAGCAAUCUCACUAUGAUUUCGGUAUGCGUGCACUUAAAUCAGUUUUAGUCAUGGCUGGCGCAACAAAGAGAAGAACUCCACAACUGAGUGAAGACAUCAUUUUGAUCAGAUCAAUGAGAGAUUCGAACUUGUCCAAAUUAUUAAUUGAUGAUACUAAGUUAUUCGAUGCAAUUAUUGGUGAUUUGUUCCCAGGAGUUACAUUCGAGAACGAACAAUUCACUGAAGUUUCCGAAGCAAUUGAAAAAGCCGUGGACAAUUUCGGAUUGCAACAUUCCGCUUUCCUUACAAAGAAGACCAUCCAAUUAUACCAAACAAUAUUCAUCAGACACGGUGUCAUGUUGGUUGGUCCAACAGGUGGUGGCAAGACAACAUCAAGAAACUUGUUGGCAGGAGCAUUAGAAGUCAUGGGAACUAAAGUUGAUCAGAAAGAAUUGAAUCCAAAAUCUGUCACUUUAACAGAACUUUACGGUGCUUAUAACUUGUCAACUGGCGAUUGGAAGAAUGGUUUAGUUGGCAUUAUGUUCACACAAUGCGCAGAUGCUCCUAAAGAACAGAUGGAAUGGAUCAUCUUCGAUGGACCAGUCGAUGCUUUGUGGAUUGAAAACAUGAACACAGUUUUGGAUGAUAACAAACUUUUAUCACUUGCAAACAGUGAUAGAAUUAAAAUGACAGACCAAAUGCACAUCAUCUUCGAAGUAGGUGAUCUUGUGCAAGCUUCUCCUGCUACUGUUUCUCGUUGUGGUAUGGUUUACUACCAGCCUUCUGAUUUAGGUUGGAAACCAUUAGUUAAUGCAUGGAUUGCAAAGAAACCAGAAAAUGUCAGAAGUGCUUUAACAGAGUUAUUCGAAAAGACAUUUGAUAAUGCACUUAAUACUUUAAGAGAUCAAUGUCAGACAGUUGUUAAGCCAACAGUUUGGAACUUGGCACAAUCAUUAUGUUCUAUUUUCGAUGUAAUGGUCAGUGAAUCCAAACUUAAAUUAGAAGAAUUAGCAGAAGAUAUUGCUCCUAAAGGUUGUGCUCAUAUCUUUGCAUUCGCAAUGUGCUGGGCAUUUUCAGGCAUCAUUACUGAUUCAACAAGAGGAGAUUUCGAUACAUUUUUGAGAGAUGUUUUCCAGAGAAGAAUCAAUUAUCCCCCAAGAAGAAUGCUGAUGGAUUACAGUUUAGAUGUAAUGACAGAUACAUUUACUGCUUGGUCAGAUCAAGUUCCAGAGCCAACACCAAAUUCAGCAGUUAUUCCAACAUCGGAUACAUUAAGAUUCUCAACAAUGUUUGCAUUGUUGAUCAAGGCAAAGCGCCCAGUUCUUUUCUUGGGAGAAAGUGGCUGUGGAAAGACAUCAAUCAUCCAAGAAACGCUUAACAAGAACAUUGAAUCAUUGUAUUCAAUCCAAUUCACCUUGUCUGCGAGAACAUCUGCAGCUCAAAUUCAAGAAUUAAUUGAAUCAAAGAUGCAAUCGAAGAGAAAGAACUUAUAUGGUCCGCCAGAAGGAAAAUCUGCUGUUUUACUUGUAGAUGACUUCUCAAUGCCUCAACCAGAUGAAUAUUGGUCACAACCUCCAAUUGAAAUCCUCAGACAAGUCAUUUCAAAGAAAGGAAUGUAUAACAGAGAUGAAUUGUAUUGGACAAAUAUUGCAGAUUUAACAGUUGUUGCUGCAGGUAUCACACAAGGACAUGUUAGUGAUAGAUUCAUGUCUCAACUAACAAUCCUUUCUAUUCCUGCUCCUACAGACAACAUUUUAGGAAAGAUUUUCGGAACAAUUUUAUCUAAUUUCUUGAAAUCUGCCGAAUUUUCAGAUAAUGUCGUCAAAUUAUCAGAAGAUAUUGUUAAGACAAGUGUUAUAUUCUACAGAAAGAUCAAGUCUGAAUUGUUGCCAACACCAUCUAAAGCACACUACACAUUCAACUUGAGAGAUGUUUCAAGGGUUUUCAAAGGAAUUUGCAUGACAAAUCCAAAUUCACUGUUUGAUAUGGCAAGUUUCGUUAAAUUGUGGUUCCACGAAAGCCUGAGAGUUUAUGGCGAUAGAUUAGUUGAUAACAAAGAUAGAGAGCACUUCCAGCAGAUACUUUAUGAUACUGCCAAGCAAAAUCUUUAUCUCAAAGAAGAUAUUGGUCAUUACUUUGGCGAAUCUCCAUUGAUUUGGACUGAUGUUUUGAAGGGAUAUGGAUAUGAAGGAAAACUGAAUUACACGGAAUCUUUAUCCAUUCAACAAGUUACGAAUGCAUUAAGUACGUUCUCUGCUACAUACAGAACACCAAUUGUACUAUUCAAAGAAGCAAUGCAACACGCAUUAAGACUUGUCAGAGUUUUAAGACAACCAUACGGCCAUGCAUUGUUAGUUGGUAUGGGAAGUACUGGUAAGCGAACAAUUGCAAGAUUUGCAGCGCAUGUUGCAAGAAUGGAUAUCUUUGAACCACAGCCAAUGAAAGGAUAUGAUAUCACUCAAUUCAGAAAUGAUUUGAGAGGAUUGUUCAAGACAGCAGGUGCACAAGAUAAACCAAUAAUGUUUUUGUUGACUGAUGAUCAAAUCGUCAGCGAAACAUUCUUAGAAGAUAUUAACAAUGUUUUGAAUACAGGUGAAGUUCCUGGUUUGUUCCAAACAGAAGAAUACGAUCAAAUGGUCAAUGAUUUGAUACCUUUGAUGAAGAAACUUGGUGAAUCCCCAGCUUAUGAUUCAUUAUGUCGCAAAUUCAGCUCAAACAUCAUGAAGAACUUACAUGUUGUUUUAGCUUUGAGCCCUGUUGGAGGAAGAUUUAGAGACAGAGUUCGAGUUUUCCCAAGUUUAGUUUCAUGCUGCACAAUUGAUUGGUAUGAUUCAUGGCCAUCAGAAGCACUUAAUCAUAUUGCAAAUGAAUUCCUUUCUAAAAUGGAUUUGUCAACAUAUGGAGAUGUCAAGAAGACAAUUGCAGAUAUGGCAACUUAUGCUCAUACAUUGUGCUUGGAUUAUUCAGGAAAAUUCUUGAGAGAGCUCAAUAGAAUGUACUAUGUAACUCCUGCUGUUUACAUUGAAUUCUUUAACUUGUUCACAACAAUGCUGGAGAAAAGAAGUGCAAGUUUGAUGCAAGAAAAAGAACAGUUAGAAAAAGGUGUCGAAAAAUUACAAGAAACAAAUGAAAAAGUCCAGGAAAUGGAAGCUCAAUUAACUAAACUUAGACCACAAUUACAAGAGAAGGCUGUUAAAACAGAGCAAUUGUUGGCGACAUUACAAGUUGAUCGUGAAAAAGUCAAUGAAGUUCAUAGAGUUAUUUCAGCUGAAGAAGAAACAGUCAAGAAAGUACAACAAAAAGCUGCUAAACUUGCUCAAGAAGCAGAAGUUGAUCUUGCUAAAGCAAUGCCUUUCUUGGAGAACGCAAAAGCUGCAGUUGAAGAUCUCAAAAACAGAAAGUCGGAUUUGGCUGUUGUCAAAUCUUUCGUAAAACCACCACAGUUAGUUAUUGAAGUCAUGGAAGCUGUUUGCUUGAUUCUUGGUGAACAACCCGAUUGGUCAACAGCUAAAACAUUACUUGCAGGUGCAAACUUCUUGAACAGAUUGUUGGAUGUCAACAAAAACGCAAUUCCAGAACAAGUUUUGAUGAAAAUCAGAGUUAUGGAAGCAGAUCCUCGAUUCGAAAUGAAGAAAGUUAUUGCUGUCAGUGAAUCUGCUGCUUGUUUGUUCAAAUGGGUAACUGCUAUCGAAAAAUACGUCACAGAAUACGCAAAUGUCCGACCAAAGCAGUUGAAAUUAGAAGCAGCAAACGAAGCCAAAGAAAAAGCAGAAGCAAACUUGGCAGUCAAACAAAAGCAAUUGCAAGAAAUUACAGAGAAACUGACAAACUUGCAACAGCAAUACGAUGAUAGUAGAUUGGAGCAGAAGGAAUUGGCAAAGAAUAUCGAACAAUGCGAAUACAGACUCAAAAACGCAUCUCAGUUGACAUCAGCUCUUGAUAGUGAAAGAGUCAGAUGGUCUGAGAGUUUAGUUGAAGUUGGAAAGCGAGAAAAGUGUUUGCUUGGUGAUACAAUUCUAAUUGCUCUUCAUGUUGCUUAUAUUGGACCUUUCUCUUAUCCAUACAGACAAGCAAUUCUGCAAGAUUUGCAAGCUAAAUUCAAAGAAGUUGGAGUUCCUAUCACAGAGAACUUUUCAUUGGAGGGUGUUGCAUCAUCACCAUUGCAAUUAAGAGAAUGGCAAAUCCAAGGAUUACCACAAGACUCACUCAGUAAUCAGAAUGGUGUUUUAGUCACAAGUACAAGAAGAUGGCCUCUUAUGAUUGAUCCACAAGGUCAAGGAAGGAAAUGGAUUAUUGGACAAGGAAAUGUUAAAAUCAUCAGAACAGCAGAAUCUAAUUACGCUCAAUCAAUUGAAAACGCCAUUAGAUUGGGUUCUUCCAUCUUCGUUGAAGAUAUCACGGAACAGAUUGAUGGUGGAUUGCAGUUCAUCAUUAAUCCGAAGAUGAAGAAACAAGGUGGAAGAUCAGCAAUUAGAAUUGGCGAUAAAUGGGUUGAUUAUGAUCCAAACUUCAAACUUUAUAUGACGACAAGGUUGUCAAAUCCUCAAUUCUUGCCUGAUGUUUUCAUCCAACUUUCUGUAAUUAACUUCUCUGUUACUCAUGAAGGUUUAGAAGAGCAGUUGUUGUCUGAUGUUGUUCUUCACGAAAUGCCAGAAUUAGAAAAGCAAAGGUCUCAGUUGAUUGUCGAUAUUUCAAAGGAUCAAAAGGCGCUUCAAGGAUUAAUGCAACAAAUCUUGAAUUUGCUGUUCACAUCAACAGGAAACAUUCUUGAUAACGAAACACUUAUCAAGACACUUCAUGACGCUAAAGACACAUCCAAACAAGUUUCUGCUCGUUUGGCUGAAGCAGAGAAGACAGAGAAAGAAAUCACCGAGAAAAGAGAAGUUUACAGAUGUGUUGCAACAAGAGGUUCUUUGUUGUAUUUCGUUAUAUUAGAGUUGUCUGGUAUCGACAACAUGUAUCAGUAUUCAUUAGAGUUCUUCAAGCGAAUAUUCAAGAACGUUCUAGAUUCAGCACAACCAUCAGAAGAUUACAAAGGAAAAUGCGACUAUUUCAUCAACAGAAUCACAAAAUCAAGUUUCUUGAAUGUUUCAAGAGGUUUAUUUGCUAACCACAGAUUAGUUUUCUCAUUCUUGAUUGCAGUUGCUUUGUUGAAGUCAACAGGAAAGAUAACAGAAGAAGAAUGGCGAGUUUUCGUCAGAGGACCACCAACAGCACCUUUAGAAGUAUUUCCAGCUAAACCAGAUAAUGUCACAGAAAGAGUUUGGCAAGGAAUUUGCAAUUUGUCACAAACAGAUGCAGUUUUCUCAGGAAUUCCUCAAGAAGUUAUUUCUAAUUAUGACAAAUGGAAACCAUUCAUAGAAGAUGAAGACAUGUUACCUCCAGAGCCUUUCACGGGCUUAUCUGCUUUCACUCAUGUUAUUAUGUGUCUCUGUAUGUGCAAGCGUAAAUUGGCAGCAAUGGCAAGAAUGUUAGUUCAAUCAACAUUAGGCGAAACAUUUGUUUCACAAACGAUUGCUGAUCUCUCUGGUCCAUUUGAUGAUACAUCAAACGAUACACCUCUGUUAUUCAUUUUGUCACAAGGUGCUGAUCCAAGAGAUUCAUUGGAAAGACUUGCUAAAUCUCAUGGCGUGUCUCAAAAACUUUCAAUUCUUUCAUUGGGCCAAGGAAGAGGUCCAACAGCAACAAGUUUGAUCCAAAACGCGAAAGUUGCUGGAGAUUGGGUUUUCUUACAAAACUGUCAUUUGUGUCCAUCUUUCUUGCCAAAUUUGGAGCAAUUAGUCCAAGAAAUGGCAAGAACAUCAUCGAAAUACAGUCAACAGUUCAGACUGUUCCUUUCAUCAAUGCCAACUGAUGUUUUUCCAAUUUCAAUAUUGCGAAACUCUGUGAAAGUCACAUCAGAACCUCCAAGAGGCAUCAAAUCCGAAACAGCGAACUUGUUACAAACAUUGACAAGUGAAGACUUUGAAAGAUCGAAGCAUAUCAGACCAUUUAAGAAACUUGUUUAUUCACUUGCAUUGUUCCAUUCAACAAUCCAAGAAAGAAAACAAUAUGGAGCAUUAGGCUUCAACAAAGUUUACGAAUGGUCCACGAGUGAUUUCCAAAUUGCAACAAUGAUGUUGAGGAAUUUCGUCAGUGAUUACGAUGAAGUUCCAUGGUCAGCAUUAUUGUCAACAGUUGGCGAUGUUGUCUAUGGUGGCCGUGUCACAGAUGACUGGGAUAGAAGAUGCAUGAAUACAAUGUUGAAGAAGUUCAUUUGCGAGCAAGCAACAAUGGACAACAUUUACUUCGAUCCAUUAGGUCAUUACGCUUCUCCACCAUUAGAAAACCUUGAAAAAACAAUUGAAUUCACCAAUGGAAUGCCAGAUGUUGAUAUCCCAGACAUCUUUGGUUUGCAUUCUAGUGCACAGCACACAUUGGAUUUGAACAGAUCAGAUACAUUACAUGGCUUAGUUGUCUCUGUCCAACCUAAAGACAGUAACAGUGCAGCAGCUUCUAAAGAUGAUGAAAUUGUUUUGGACAUGGCAGAAAAGUUUGAUACACAAUUGCCAUUCGAAAUCAAUUUGAAGAAUGCAGAUGAAGCACUUAUGGAAUCCCUUAAUCCUAAAGAAGGAAGACCUAAUUCAUUAUCAGUUGUGUUGAUGCAGGAAGUUGAUAGAUUCAAUAAUCUAUUGAAAUUGAUUCAUUCUUCACUCAAACAAGUCAGUAAAGCAAUCAAAGGUGAAGUUGUUAUGACUGUUGAUAUACAGAAGACAUAUCGAUCUUUGUUGGAAGGCAAAGUUCCUCAUGAAUGGUCGUCAAAGGCUUAUCCUUCAACAAAACCAAUUCAUUCAUGGUUCAAAGAUUUGCUUGAAAAAGUUGGAUUUAUCCAGCACUGGGUUUCCAAAGGACAGCCAACAGUUUUCUGGUUCCCAGGAUUCUUCUUCCCACAAAGUUUCUUAACUGCUGUAUUGCAGAGCCACUCAAGAAAGCACAAAUUGCCAAUUGAUGCUUUAUCUUUCAAAGCAGAAGUCAUUGAAAGAGAUCCCGAUACAAUUGUCCAGCCUCCAGAAGAUGGUGUUUAUAUUCAAGGUUUGUUCUUCGACGGAUGCAGAUGGGAUAGCGACGAAGCUUCCCUCGCAGAUGUUUCAGCAAAUGUUGAAUACUCUAAAUGCCCUGUUUUACACCUUAUACCUACAACAGAACAUGUCGAAGAGAAUACGGAAGAUUAUAUGUGUCCAGUCUACAGAACAAGUGAAAGAGCAGGUGUUUUGUCAACAACUGGCCACUCUACAAACUUUGUUGUUGCAUUGAAUAUUCCAUCCGCAGUUCUUCCUGACAAAUGGAUUCUCCGUGGUGCUGCUCUUCUUACAGCAACGCCAUACUAA